AUGAAGCUUCACAGAUAUUUCUAAAUAUAUUUGAGUUAUCAAUUUUGCUUGAACAAGCAUUAUCAUAUUGUAUUCUAAAAAUAAUUAAUUUUUUAUCUCUGCAUUUUUAGUAAAUUAAAUUAAAUUUUUUACAGUAAUGAAAUACCAUUAACAUGUUAAAAUUGUACAAGCCCAUGUGCAACUUGUAAAUUAUCUGCAACUAAUUGUGGUUCAUGUAUACUUGGAUUAAAUCGAAAUCUAUAAACUAACUAAUGUGUUUGCGAUGAUGGAUAUUAUGAAAAUACUACUUGUUAACCAUGUUAAUUACCAUGCAUUAACUGUACCUCAUUAUCAGUAUGUACAUCAUGUAAUGAUCCAACUAAUUAAUCAGGAUUGUCAUGUGUUUGUUAACCAAAUUAUUUUAUGAACACCUCUUUUAUGUGUUAAAGUUGCGUUGCUCCUUGCUAAAAUUGUACUUCAGAAACUCUAUGCACAUCAUGUAUAUAAAAUUACUACAUUUCUGGAAAUUCUUGUUUAUAAUGUUCUUCUCCAUGUUACAAUUGUGUGGAUCUUCCCACAAAAUGUACAUUAUGUGUUGAUUCAAAUUUAACACCAAUCAAUAAUGAAUGCACUAGUGGUGGAUGUUCUGAUGGAUACUUUAUGGAUGCAUCAAUAAAUUGUCAACCUUGUAUUCAUCCUUGUCUUAAAUGUUAAACAAAUGGUAACCAUUGUUUAGAGUGUGCAACUACAUUUGAAAUGAGUACCACUACUCCAAAUACAUGUGUUUGUCCUACUCAAAAUAUAUAGUAGUAACUGAUAAUCCUACUGAUUGUCAAUCUUGUACAUAGCCAUGCGAUACGUGUUCAGGAACAGGAAAUCAUUGUUUAACAUGUAUUGAUAUUAAUUAAAGCGUUGACACAUCAUACUAAUGUUAAUGUAAUUCUGGCUAUACAAUGAUUGCAGUAAAUUGUAUAGUAUGUCUUAGUCCUUGUUUAUAAUGUUUAGGGAAUUCAAGUCAUUGUACUUAAUGUAAAGAUCCAUUACAUUAAAUAUCUAAUGGAGAAUGUAUAUGCCUUUCUGAAUAUUUGAAUGAUAAUGAUUAUAAUUGUAUACCUUGUUAACCUCCUUGUUCAAAUUGUUCAGUAAAUGAUACUCAUUGUGAUAGUUGCAUAGAUUCUAAUCAUGAAAUUAAUGAUACCUUUUAAUGUAUUUGUAAGGACACUUUCUAUUCUGAUACUCUUAAUACUUGUUAACAAUGUACAUAGCCUUGUUUUUUAUGUGAUCUUAAUGGAUGUUUAAGCUGUAUAGAUUCUAAUUAAGUAAUUGAUUCAUCUUAAAGAUGUGUUUGUAAAUCAGGAUAUUAUGAAGUUGGAGUUAAUUGUUCUUAAUGUGUUGUUCCAUGUUAAACAUGUGAAAUUAAUUAAGAUCGUUGUUUAACAUGUGUGGAUUUAAAUUACAACUUAAUCAAUAAUAAUUGUAUAUGUAAUGAUGGAUUUUGA